GCCUCUAUGUUCGAGGAACAGCGCUUCAUACAUCCACUGUUGUUAGCGACGUAGCCGCUACAUUUCCCCCAUUUACAUUUGCCGACGCUUCUCAAAACUUUGGUUUUCACCACCGCUCCGAUAAAUGCUGGAGUAGCAGGUUGCCGGUCGGGAUCCAUUACACCGGAGUGCAAAGUUGCAGUUGCUGGCAGCCGAUUUAGCUCUGUUGAGUAUGUGUACACCAUGAAGAGACGCGCAGAAGACCCGGAACCGAUUUUUGUGCAACAGCAACCACGCCGUCCUCUAGUUCAAGCUAUAGGAGAAGGCUUCCAGCAGCGGGCCCUAGUCACGGCCCCACCUGUUGUUGAGGCCGCUGCAGACAACAUGCAGCCCUCAACUGGCAUCCAGUACUCUCUCCCUCAGGCCUACCAGGUGCCUACGAUGCCUCAAAGCACAACCGGACAUGGACACAACAGUACCACGCCUCAUAUUGGUCCUCAUGCUCACAGCCUUGCUGUCCAGUCACAGGGGCCUGCUGUGGUCCCAGGCCAUGUCCAUCCGCCUACACCCAUAGCUUCAGUUCAAGGACAGCAGCAGCAGUUCCAGCGACUAAAGGUUGAAGAUGCCCUGUCCUAUCUGGAUCAAGUGAAACUGCAGUUUGGGAAUCAGCCUCAAGUUUAUAAUGAUUUUCUCGACAUUAUGAAAGAGUUUAAAUCCCAGAGCAUAGACACUCCUGGAGUCAUCAACCGUGUAUCGCAGCUCUUUAAGGGCCACCCAGACCUUAUUAUGGGUUUUAACACUUUCCUGCCACCCGGUUAUAAGAUCGAGGUUCAAACCAACGAUCUGGUCAACGUAACCACACCUGGUCAGAUACACUACAUUACUCCUCAAGGUAUAUCUGUACAAAACAUCCCAGUAACUGCAGCAUCCAGUCAGCCACCAAGCCAGCACCAGCAUCAGAGUCUCCCGCUGACCGGCCUGCACACCACCGCCACCACGACCACCCCCACCCCCACCCCGACGAUCGCCGCUCAGCCUGCUUUAAGCAAAGCCAGCAAGCUUAUUCAGUCUCCGGCCCACACGCCCACCAGCCAGCCGAAUCCGUCCAUCCCAUCGUAUGCGUCGCCGCGUUCUCCUUCAGUGCAGCCCCACACUCCUGUCAGCAGCACACCAUCCAGUGGACCACCUCUCCAGAACAACCAACCAGUGGAGUUUAACCACGCCAUAAAUUACGUCAACAAGAUUAAGAACCGCUUCCAGGGCCAGCCAGACAUCUAUAAAGCCUUCCUGGAAAUCCUGCACACGUACCAGAAAGAACAGCGGAAUGCUAAAGAGGCUGGUGGUAAUUACACGCCAGCUCUGACUGAACAGGAAGUCUACACUCAAGUGGCCAGACUUUUUAAGAACCAGGAGGACCUGCUGUCAGAAUUUGGACAGUUCCUGCCGGAUGCCAACAGCUCAAUGCUGCUGGGGAAGAGUCCACCAGACAGAGCCGAGUCGGUCCAUAACGAUCACGGCCCCACAGUGAAGAGGCCCUCGCUGAACAACAAACAGAGACUGAAUCAAAAUGGUCUGCCAAUCAGGAGACCUGCUGGGGUUGGAUCCACGCCGCCUUUCAAGAAAAAGGUCAUCGGAAAGGGCCACGGCGUGGCUGAAGUUGGGAAGCUCAGUACAAGCACUGAAACUAUGUUCUUUGAGAAGGUGAAGAAGGCUCUGCGGAGCUCAGAAGCAUAUGACAACUUCCUCCGAUGUCUGCACAUCUUCAACCAGGAAGUGAUUUCUCGCACUGAGCUGGUCCAAUUAGUUAUCCCAUUUCUUGGAAAAUUCCCAGAGCUUUUUACGUGGUUUAAAAACUUCUUGGGCUACCGUGAGUCUAGUCACGGGGAGCUGAGUCAUGCAGAGAGUUUACCCAAGGAGCGUUCUACAGAGGGUAUAGCCAUGGAGAUCGAUUACGCUUCCUGCAAGAGGCUGGGGUCCAGCUACAGAGCACUGCCAAAGAGCUACCAGCAGCCAAAGUGCACAGGAAGAACACCGUUGUGCAGAGAGGUUUUGAACGACACCUGGGUGUCGUUUCCAUCGUGGUCGGAGGAUUCCACGUUCGUGAGCUCCAAGAAGACUCAGUAUGAGGAGCAUAUUUACAGAUGUGAAGAUGAGCGCUUUGAGCUGGACAUCGUGCUGGAGAACAACCUUGCCACGAUACGAGCUCUGGAGACGGUGCAAAGGAGGCUGUCUCGCAUGUCGGCCGAGGAGCAGCUGCGCUUCAGGCUGGACAACACCAUGGGCGGCUCCUCCGAGGUCAUUCACCGUAAAGCCAUUCAGCGGAUAUACGGAGAGAAAGCCCCCGACAUCAUCGACGGCCUCAAGAAAAACCCCGCUGUGUCUGUACCCAUAGUUCUGAAAAGGUUAAAAAUGAAGGAGGAGGAGUGGAAAGAAGCUCAGAGAGGGUUCAAUAAAAUCUGGCGGGAACAGAACGAGAAGUAUUACCUGAAGUCGCUUGACCACCAAGGCAUAAACUACAAGCAGAAUGACACCAAAGUGCUUCGCUCAAAGUCUUUACUUAAUGAAAUUGAGAUGUUAUAUGAAGACCGCCAGGAGCGAGCCUCUGAGGAAACGGCUGCCCCGCCACCGAGCGGCCCUCACAUGAAUCUGACUUACGAUGAUAGCCAGAUCCUGGAGGACGCCGCCAAUCUCAUCAUCCAUCACGUCAAACGACAAGUGGGCAUUCAGAAAGAAGACAAGUUCAAGAUCAAGCAGAUAAUCAACCACUUUAUCCCCGACCUUCUGUUCGCACGCCGUGGCGAGCUCUCCGACCUGGAGGACGAGGAGGAGGAAGAGGAGGAGGAGGAGGAGGAAAUGGAGACGAACCAGGACGGCCCCAAGAAGCACAACGGCCUGCCGGGCCGCAGCCCGUCCAAGUCCAAGCUCUUGUUCACGAACACGGCAGCUCAGAAACUGCGGGGCACAGACGACGCUUAUAACCUGUUUUUGGUGAACAACUACUGGUAUGUGUUUUUCCGCCUUCAUCACAUCCUCUGCUCUCGUCUGCUGCGGAUCUACGGGCAGGCCGAGAAGCAGAUCGAGGAGGACGCCCGCGAACGAGAGUGGGAGAGGGAGGUGCUGGGCCUGAAACGAGAUAAGAAUGAAAAUCCAGCCAUCCAGCUGAAGAUGAAGGAGCCAAUGGACGUUGAUGUCGAAGACUACUACUCUGUGUUCCUGGAAAUGGUGCGAAAUCUUCUGGACGGGAACAUGGAGCCGGCUCAGUACGAGGACUCCCUGAGGGAAAUGUUUACGAUCCACGCCUACAUCGCCUUCACCAUGGACAAACUGAUCCAGAGCAUUGUCCGGCAGCUCCAACACCUCGUUACCGAUGACGUAUGUAUGCGUGUGACGGACAUGUACCUGAGUGAAAGUGCCAAAAAAGCCACCGGGGGCACUGUUUCCACGCAGACGUCCAGAGCCUCUGCAGAGGGGGCCUACCAACGCAGAGCAGAGCAGCUCAUGUCAGAUGAAAACUGCUUCAAGUUGAUGUUCAUGAAGAACCGAGAAUCUGUGAGUCUGGCAGUCGAGCUGCUGGAUACAGAAGAGGAGAACUCUGAUGAGCCAGCAGAUGCAGAAAAAUGGUCUGACUACGUGAGCAGGUACCUGAACUCAGAUUCUGCAUCCCCGGAGCUACGUGAGCAUUUGGCCCAGAAACCAGUUUUCCUCCCCAGGAAUUUGAGACGGAUACGGAAAUGCCAGAGAGGAUGGGAGCAGCUGCAGCAGGAACGGAUCACAAAAGGCUCCUCGGACAAGUUGCAGGACGGCAGCAGUGAGCUGAAGAUGGAGUGCAUGUUCAAACUGAACUCCUACAAGAUGGUUUAUGUCUGCAAGUCCGAGGACUACAUGUACAGGCACACUGCUCUCUCAAGAGCUCAUCAGUCCCACCAGCGGGUCAACACACGUCUGCACAGACGCUUUCACACCUGGGUGGACGGCUGGGCCCAGAAGCACGUGACGAGUGAAAUGGCAGCCAACACUCACAAGUGGCUGAUGGGAGACGCGAAAGAGGGCCUGUUGUCCUGCACCACCACCUGCAACCCCGAGGUCCUCCACUAUCUCAACAUUAACAAGUACAGAGUGCAGUACAGGACGCUGUAGUCGCAGCUGUUUGGGGUUAAACAUCUUCACACAACAAACUGCCAGAGACGAAUUUUCCAACCUUCUGAAACUAGACUCUGCUGCCAAAAGAUAUUGGGUGUAUUUUUUUUUUUUUUUUUUUUUUAAAUAUACAUUUUUUGCUCUUUUCUGAUUUCUAGCUCAAUACUUUUGCUGCAAAUCCUGCAACAAAUAUAUUGAAGAAAGGAAAAAAACCCUCCAUCAGGGUGAUGAAAUGUUAUCUAAGACCACAGGAAGCGGCUCUCACACGCUCAUCCAGGCUAUAGUGGAAUUAAGACUUUCACCACCAAGACUGAACGGCCGAAGGAUGAAAACAUUCACGUUUUUAGGGACUUCCCUGUUACCUCUAUUAAAAUGGCUGUGAAUGUUUUCAGUGGGUGGUGAAGGUAAAAUAAUGCACUAUACAUGCAGCAGAAACAUUAGGAUUCAACGUUUCUGGCAACCUGGUUGAUAGACGCUUGGCUUUGGUACGAUGCCGGCUCCGUGUCAAGAUCAUUAAUUUAUAAUUGCCCAAAAUGUUUUUGUAAAUAUCUUGUUUAUAAUUAGAUUUUUUUUUUUUAUCAGGUGUCAUUGGUGUGUAGCAUAUGAUAAAACGUAUAUCUAUAUAUAUAUAGUGUCAACAUUUAGCCAGAGGAUGCAAAGACUUUUAUCAAAAGAAGGCAAAGUUUUACCAGUUUUUUUACUAAAGGAAGUUAUCUAGAGACUUUUUUUUUUUUAAAUCUGCCGAACAUCUUACCAAAGUGUUUGUUUAGUAAAAAAAAAAAAAAAAAAAAGAUGUAAAUAUGGCUCAUUUCUAAAAUAAUCUGGUCCCUUUUAUGUGUAUUUCUGUUGUCAGUUUUUAGGACAACACGCAGUUUUAAGAUGAUUGAAUGUAGCCGAGCAGCGAUUUCUCUUCCUCUGUAAAAAAACGUGAAUAUAAGCUUUUUUCUUGUAACUAAAACAUUUACAGCCUGCGCUGGAGGCGCAGCGAUAUGUCAACGUUAUCACUGAUAAGCUGGACACAAGUUUAUCUUUUUAAUAGCGCGUCGACAACAGAAGUCUUACAGCAAACGGCGUCGUUGUGAAUUGUGUACAGAGGAUUAAAACAAAAGCAAUAAGUUCCUGAGUCAUAGUUUAUUACAGCUAAUUAGUAUUUCAUGCUGGAAUACAAAUGUGGAUAAGAAAUGCCCAUAAAGGAGGGCAUGAGCGCUACUUUUUAUCGCCCUUGUUUCUUUUUGCCUUUUAAUAAAAUUGGAAAUGUCCUCUUUUGAUAUUUUAGAUAAAAUUAGGUGGAAGAGAGAGAGAGAGAGAGAGAGAGAGAUCCUUCAUUUUUAAUGCUGGAACGUGAGCCUCUCGCGUCAGACCUGUACAUGUGAGCAACAGAACUUCCUUUAAUUUCACACGUGAGUCGUUAACAUAGGCAGACACGGAGGACGCCUCCUGACAGCGGCCUAAGGUCUGUUUUAUCUCGAGGUCCGCUGAAGGCAGCAGUCAGUUUAAAUAACCAGCUCCAGACAAUCUCAAGAUAGUUUAAUACCUGGGUCUUUAUUUUUCUAUUUGCCGUGUUUGUUACAGAAUAACACAGGAGGUCCCGCUGGAGCCGUUGUACAUACAGAGACUGUUUGUACCUCGUUUAAUGUGUCACUUCUCUUGACUUUUAUGAUGUUGUAUAUGAGUGUUAGUAUGGUGUUUGGCAUUAAAAUAUCCUUUGAGUAGA